AUGACGACGCAGACGCCCUUUACGGCAGGGAAUCACGGUGGUGCCCUCAGGUCCCUCACAGCAGAACUCUCUCAGACUGAGCCGACUCUUCGAGGGAUCUCUCAGCGGGCGGUUUGGGGCAUGUACUACCGAGUGCUCGGGAACUACAGGGGCAUGGUCCAUCUCCUGUCCAAGGUCCGAGGAGAUAUCUAUAAAACACCAGAUACCAUCAUGUGGAAGGCUGCUGCAGCAUUGUCACAGCUGGAUGCAAUUCACAGAGGAGAGCCAGAAGAACCGAAUAUUGAGUACGUGGUCGAUAAGAGCACUGUGCAGCAUGAGGAGACUCAGGAGCACGAGGAGGAGGAAGAAGAAGAUGAGCACCCGCCAACACAUAACGACAACUUCAACAUCACCUACAAUGGACAAUCCUCGACAGGAUUGCAAGAGUCAACAAGGCAUGAUCGCGACUCAAGAGCGAGCCGGAAGCGGAUGGCUGACACUACGGAACCCUUGGAAGCUGCGUCGGCUGCAAAACGAGCUCAGAGAGUGGGCAAAGGGAGAGCAUUGUCGUAUAUGGUCAAUGGACGCCACUACCCAGAAGAAAGGAGGGUAGUAACAGCAUCCCGCUCACCUUCAAGCCCUGAUUUAUCAGGUCCAGAGCAGGACGAGCGACAUUAUAGCACAAGCGCUCUGGAAACUUCGAAAGGCGACUCGCGGUCCUAUGGCCAACAAUACAAUGACCAUGGCGACACCACAUUUCAGGACUAUGUGCAUUCACGGACAGUACCUUUACCGACAUCACCAUCCCGCAACAGAACAUCCCACUCGAGGAACACAAUAUCAGGUCUUUUCGAAUAUCAGGACGAGUUGGACGACACAGCACAUAUGGAGGAUCUGAUCCGGUCCCUUCAUCGUGAUACGAGGAUCCAAAUGGCGAAUAUGAGGAGUGCCAUUGAGACGCAGCAAGCGCAGCUAAACUCGCUGCAGGACACACUGGAUACGAUCUUGCGCAGGAUCCCGACGGGUUCCUCUCACGCACAACACCAGCAGCGUCAAGGACGGAUCUUGAUGUUGCCGGACACCAUUGAUGAGCGGUAUUAUGACCAAGAGGGGGAACGCACGCAUCGUCGAUACGGCCUCAACAGCCACAGUAGUCAGAGUCGUCCGUCGCACAAGGGGCGUCGUUAG